GGAAUCCAUGGCAUGGAGAGGACAUCUUUCAAAGAACAUAAGGGAGCUUAGGUUUUUGAUGUGCCAGUCGUCACCUGCAAGCUCACCUGCAAGGACAUUUGUGGAAAAGAACUAUAAGGAACUUAAGACUUUGAACCCGAAAUUGCCAAUACUGAUCCGUGAAUGCAGUGGAGCGGAACCCCAACUAUGGGCAAGAUAUGAUUUUGGUGUUGAGAAAGGAAUCAAACUGGAAGGCUUGUCGGAGGCACAGAUCUCCAAGGCACUUGAAGAUUUAGUGAAAGCCGGAGAGUCCUUGAAAGCCUGAUAUUGCACCUUCUCAGCCAUCUGAAAUUGAAUAAUGCUCUCAUGCUGCACUUCUAAUUGAAGAUUGCAUUUGUUUUUUAAUAAGCUAGAUGUAUUCCCCCUUUAAAAGUGUAAUGUUAUCUGACUCAGUCUGUCUCUCUGUAUCUUAUAGUCAUUUCAAGUAUGAUCCUGUUCUUGUCAGGGAAAAAAAGAAAAAGAAAAAGAAGGUAUCAUCCUGUUAGGUUGAUAGUCCUGGGUUCUGCAUGUUGAGCACACCUGUGAUGAGAGAUUUAUUAAGAACUCAUAUUUAAAUUUUCAUGUAUUCAUAAUCUGGUGUAACAAAGCAUGGACCAAUUUAUAUUUUUGGGAAAAAUAUUCUAAAUAUUCGCAA